GCAUGGCUGUCGAGCUGCACCUGCGCGUGUAGGUUAAUGGGUAACGCUGCCUUGAGUUCACCUGUUGAAUAAACUGAAAACUGCCCGGAAGGAAGAAAGCGACUACUGAGAGUGGGCAAAAGUAGGUUAAUUAGUCCUACUUUUCGAUCAAAUGGACCGCUACAGGUACUUUAUCUUCAACCAGCGUAGCGUCGUGGUUCUAGGUAUCCUUCAGGUGGCAUGUGGGGCUUUGUGUAUGGUGUGCGGGGUCAUGGACGCAGUUUUCCGCAAAGACACACCACUAAGCAUGACCAGAGCUCCAGUAUGGGCGGGAUUGAUCAUGGCAUCUCCCGGUGUACUAGCUCUAUUUGCCUCUCAAAGGAAGAAUCCAAUACUGGUGAACGUGAUGAUCAUCUGCUCAGUGUUCUCCUGUGUUGCCGUGGUGAUUGUAAUAUCAUAUGCCAGUUUGACACUGACUUAUGGCGAGGAUGAUGAAGAAGUGUUUCACCACCACUACAUACCUGAAGUGAAGGUUGUGCUGAGUCGGAUGGUGAGGGGAUCCAAUGCCACCAUGUUGCUAGCCUGUGUUGUCAGCCUCUUCCUCUCAUCACUCAUCUCCUACGUGGGCUGCCGCAGUCUGCCUCUCUGUGGCUGCUACGAUGGAAUCACAGGCCUGGAGACCCUGGUCCCUCAGAGUGACCCCUACCCUCAGACGGAGCUUGUGUGCACCUGGCAAGCAGGAGGCGAUGACCGUAUCUUUAACUCGCCAGCAUCCUUCAGUGACAGGGACCCAGAGGAAGCAGAGGUUCCAUCCAAACACCCAGCAUACAGCAGGCUCACCUGAGCUCUGGCCACUGUGUGACCUUACUUUGUUACGGCCACAUUUAACUUUUUCUUUACAUCCUUAGUUCUAUGAUCACUGACAUGGAUCAGAUGCCUUCUGGUUGAUGUAGGGAAACCCACAGUGGUGCUAUUAUAGGCUAAUGGAGGACAGGAGUCCAGUGUUAGCACUUGAGGACAGUUCACAUGUACCUUACGUAUCCACCAGCAUUUUAUUCUUCUCUGCUGUCUCCCUAGAGCUAAGAGGAAAGACCCUACAUUAUUUGUGCCAAAUUCAUUUCAGAACAUCUUUCAUGCUGUGUUGUCUUGGGUAUACCUGGAACUAAGCUUUGGGAUUUCCCUUUUUU